AUGGCUACAAAACUGUCACCGCGGCUCGUCCGUCUGGCCACCAACCCACACCUGGCGCGCCCAGCCUCGGCUUUCACCCGGGUCUUCGUCUCGCGAUACAGCACCAGUGUCGACAGCGAUAUCAUCCUUACACAGCAAAUCCCAGCUCCCGGAUCUGGACAUGUGCGUGUGCUUCAACUUAACCGACCCAAUGCCCGCAAUGCAAUCUCGCGUGAGCUGCUCGAAAACCUGUCGACGCAGGUGAGCUCCAUCGCUGCGGAAAAAGGCAACGGACCCACUCGGGCAUUGGUUGUCGCAAGUAACGUCGAUGCGGCAUUCUGCGCAGGCGCAGAUUUAAAGGAGCGCGCCAAAAUGACACCUGCCCAAACGGAAGACUUCCUCCUCAAGCUCCGCAGUACCUUCAAAAACCUCGCCGAACUAGAGAUCCCCACCAUCUCUGCCGUCUCGUCUAUGGCCCUGGGUGGAGGCCUUGAGCUGGCUUUGUGCACUCACCUCCGCGUCUUCGGCUCCUCCAGCACCGUUGGUCUGCCCGAGACCCGCCUUGCGAUUAUUCCCGGUGCGGGUGGUACUUACAGACUGCCGGGGCUGAUCGGUAUCCCCCGGGCUCGCGACCUCAUCCUGACAGGCCGGCGAGUCUACGGCCCCGAGGCCUACUUCAUGGGGCUUUGCGAUCGCCUGGUGGAGGUGCUGCCCGAGGAAGCGACCCAGGACGGUGUUGCCCGCGAAAAGGUUCUCCGCGAAAGCAUCAAGCUGGCUUUGGAUAUUUGUGAGGGUGGUCCCAUUGCCUUGAAACAGGCUCUGAUUGCCGUGCAGGGAGCUGCCUUGGGCGAGGUGGCCGAGAACGCCGCCUACGAAGGAGUCAUUGAGACAGAGGAUCGCUAUGAGGCGCUGCGCGCUUUUGCGGAGAAGCGGAAGCCCGCUUUCCGGGGGCGGUAG